AUGCGCCCUGGUGUAAUAAGACUCACUUAUGGGUCAGCUCCCGAAGAGGCUCUAUCGCUGGGCUGUGAAUUUCAAUUAUUCUCCUAUGCAUGGGUUCCCAAAAAAUGCACUCAGCCGGGGAUAGAAGCUGAGUUCCGUGCACUGCCUGGCCUUCGCUACUAUAGUACAUCGGAUGGGUCGCAAGAGGUGGAUGUUACAGAGGUAGCAAAAGGAGAAAGCCAUUUAUGGACUAAUAUCGUCGAGCACGAUGUUCAUUGCGAGCUAGUGCUCCGCAGUCUAGCAAUGGCGUCAUUGUCAGGUGUCUAUACAGGGAACAUUUUGGAUCUGGAACAUUCCAAUCACUGCAUAGACUCUCUUUUAACUGCAAAAAAUUGGUCGAUGGAUGAGCUCAACACUCAGGUCGAAGUUGAUUUUUUGAGCUGUACUGUUCUUCGUACCCCAAUCAUAUAUAACGUAGUUUACAAGCGAGUGACGCGUACAAGCGAGUGA